UACGCAGUGUUCACAACAACCUGACAUUUACUUCUCUCUAAUUCAGAGCAGGCACAGAGACACGUGUCUGCUUAUUUUCUUCUCAAGCUUUUAAAGUGGUAUCUAAAGUGAUAUGGGGAGUACCCCAAGUGCUAUAAAGUGCGGCAUGAGUGAAGUUCAAGUAUCAAAGUGCUUCAAUACCCAGUAUAUGUGGACUUUAUCCAAACAAAAGAUUUAUUUAAUGUGAUCAAGGUUAUUUAGUCAGGAGAGUUAGUGUCUGUUCCACUUCGUUGUUUAUAAAUUUGGUUGUUACGUUCGAAAUCGUUAUGGUGCUGUUGAUGCCCGAUCAGCUGGAGCCGGUGGCGGAUAUUGCUGAUUUACUGCCGAUUAUUGUCGUUCCCGCCAAAGAUCUUUCGCAGGAGUGCUCCCCUGAACCUGGGUCUACUGAGGACUCGUCAGAUUCAGACAGGAGCCAGAAAUCGGCUGACGAGGAUUCAGCUUCGUCUGAUGAGAGUUUAGAAUCAGCUGAUAAUAGCUUAGAAUCAGCUGAUGAGGCUAGUAAAUCCGAAAUAAAUGCUGGGAAUUCCGCAAGUGUUGUUCCAGCUGUUGAAGAUGAGAUAUUUGAAAUCAUCAAUAUCCCUGGUAAAGGGACAGGAAUGAUUGCUCGGAGAAGAAUAUUCCCAGGAAAGAUAAUAUUGGCGGAAGAGCCCUUGUUGGUUGUUACAGAUGAAAUAUUUGCAUCUACUGAGGAUACCGAAGAAUAUAUUUAUAACACAUUGAAUAAACUCGGAGCUGCUAAGACACAACUGUUCCUUGAACUAUCUGACUGUAGAACCCCUGAGGAUCCCUCCUAUGUUGGUAUAUUCUAUACUAAUGAUAUGAACUACGAGGGGGAUGCAGGACUGUUUCCAAGGAUGUCUCGAGCCAAUCAUUCUUGCAAGGCGAACGCUGAGUUUAUUUCAAGACGGGACUUGGGAGUUCAGAGAUUGGUGGCCAACUACCCUAUAGAACAGGGAGAAGAGAUCACAAUCAACUAUAUGCCUAUAUCUGAAGAGGGCUCGGAACUAAGGGAUUCUCGGCGUGCAUAUCUGCGUGAAUGGUAUGGAUUCCAGUGUGCUUGUUCAGAAUGCACAUUAGAGGAUGAUAUUAAGGGUUCUGAGUUUGAUGAGAAUGAGAAGAUAAGAGAAGAGAUAAAGGAACUUCAAGCUGCAGGGAUAGAAAACCUAGAUCCAGAGGAACUAGAAACCUUGAUUACUAGGCUGUAUUCGAUUAAUGGAAAGCUUUCUUACGUAAUGGACCUUAUGGAUUUAAUCUACAAAAAGACUGAAGGAUGUGUGGAGAGAUAUUUCCAAUGUAUCCGUGGUCUAACUCUAGCUAUCCAGUUGUACGGAGAUGACUCUACGUGGAACGAGCACUGGAGGUACAGGAUCCAUGAUGAUCUGCUCCAUCAUGCCGAACUUGCAGGGGAUAGAGCUGAUUGGAGGAAACUAGAGAGACUUAUUGACAUUGUAGUUGUUGAACAGCAAAAUAAAUAGUUUCAAAUAAUUCUCCAUAAAACGAUGACAAUGUCCGAUUCACAACGUUUCCCUUGAAACCAUCUGAUUAAUAAUUUGGAAGCUAUUGACGUUUUUCUAGGUUUAAAGGUAUUUAAUUCGGAAAAUUUCUGUAUGUUCUCCUGCAGUAGAAAUGUGCAAGUCACUUUUGUAGAGCAAUCCCAAUUGAAAAUAUCCAGCUUUUAAAAUUACAGACAUUGAUAUCUAAUUCAUACUUGAUCAGAUAACACUUUUAGGGUACCAUGGUGAAUCAGGCAUUGAUAGCUUUACAUGGAGGGUCACUUGAAAUUACGAUUACAGUCGCCUUUAAAGGGAUUGUUCAUCGUGAAUCAUCAAUGAUUUCAAUAUCAUCUCUUCAUUCGAUAAUAUAUUUUUUCAUUAUACAUUCUACGACUCGUUCAGCUGCUGAGUUUUCUGCUUUCAAGAUAGCGCUUAAAGUACUGUAGAUAAGAUAUAAAUUUCAAUAGAGUGGUAUGUUUAAUA